UAUAGUAUAGAGAAAUGGGCGUAUGUGCGUGAAACGGAACGCAGUUUGAGAGCGACCAUCCUGUUGUAGUUUUUUAGAACGGUUUUAGCGCCAUAUCUACAAAAGUGAAUCUCCGAGGCCGUUCUACAUUUAACGCAAGUAGCAGAUCUCGUGGAAUUGACCAAUCGCAGAGUCAUCAUAGGACGACAUUUUCUCAAAUGUAAGCGUACUUAAGAAUGCGUACAAAAGAAUACUGGCCUGUGAUUGAUUGAUUUCCUUAAGACUUACAGCUCAAGUUUUUUCAUGUGUUUCCGGUUUAACAAAGUCAAUGUCACGCAGAUACUUUAAGAGGUUAUGUUGUAUCUUUAAUAUUUUGCAAGUAUUAUUUUCACGAAAAAACUACCGAGUAUAAGUAAGUGUCUCUUCUUAACACAUUCUCAUUUUCUCAUGGGAUUUAUCGACGAUGAAUUACAAGAAGUAUCCAAGCUUUGUCACAAUGUCGUUGAUGGUAGUCGCCUCGUUUCUUGCGUGCCAAGCAUGGUCCGCGUCGAAAUAACAAAGACAGUAUUUAAGCAGCUUGUUGUGUGCAUUCAAUUUCGAGAGGAUUAUCCUGCGUCACCGCUGUUUAUAGAAUUGAAGAGUAAAACUCUGUCUACAAAGUUGCUCGAUAGACUAGCAAAUGUCUGUGAGAAGGAAUGCAAACUUCUUAUAAACAAGGCACAGAUAUUACCUAUUUUAAAGUUCAUUAGAAGUUAUAUUGAAGAAAAUCCUCUCAUCUGUUGCUAUGAUGAAAUAAGUGCUUUGAAAAAACUUGUGGGAAAUAAAGACGAAUUAAAGUUAAAACAAAAGAAUUCCUCUAUCACUCUGACACUACAUCAAGACUUAUAUUACUUUAAAACCAGAUUAGAAGUGCCAGAUAAUUAUCCCAUCAGUUGUGUGGUGUUGAGUGAUGUUGAUACUAAUUUCCCACCAUUAUUCAAACGUUAUCUAAUUGGACAAGGAAAAGAAUUUGCAAGGCAAUGCGUAGAAUCACCAUUGAAGAAAACAGCAGCACAGCAAAAGCCAUUUGCACCAUUGCCAUCACUAAACAAAGUUACUUCUUUUCUUAUAAAAACUGUAAAAGCUUUUCCGCAAGAACCUUGUCAACACUGCAAAGUGACGUGCUUGCCUGCAAAUCCAGAAGAGAUUGUAACAGACGAAAAUGCAGAUCUGCAUGCCGAGAGGCUUUACUGUGGUCAUCUUUUCCACCUGAAAUGUCUCGUAACAUACAUGAAGACUCCGCCAUUCCAUGGAGGUAAGAAAUGUCCGGGUUGCGGACAACGCGUAUAUCAUGACAAAUGGGGAUUAACUGAUAAACUAGCCGAGGCUCGCUGGGCUCAUCAACAGGCACGAGCGAGGGAGUUGGCAGAAGUUGAAGAUUUUUUCAACUAAAACUCCACAAGUCUGUGUAGUGAAUUUCACAGUAAAAAAAAAAGUAUUGAAAGUACGAUCUUAUAAAAAAUCAGAGUAUAUGAAGUAAGACUGCAUUUUGAAUAGAUAACAUAAGAAAAACUCGAAAAGAAAAAAAUGUUUCAAGAAACAAGAAAAGUACGAGUAAAAAAUAUGUUGUAAAACUAUAAUUUUUGCAAUUUAUAAGUUUUCUUCAAAAUAUACUCGUAAAAAUGUUUUGGUUAAAAAAUAUCAGAAUUAUAUCAAAUUUCUGUUUUGAAUUCAGAUUGACAGAUUUGCAAGAAUGGGCAUUAAUUAGUGAAUUUAAACAUUUACUAAGAUAACAGCGAUGAUUGCGUAUAUAGUGUGCAUAUAUUGGCGUUGCUAUAAAAGUGUUUUAUAUAAUUUGUUUUUUUUGCACUUUUUGUAAUAAUAAUAAUAAUAUUAUAAUUAUAAUUAUAAUUAAGAGGAACAAACGAAAUUACUUGUCAGCAAACAUGUAUAUUUUGUAAUAUAUUUUAAGUUUUGCAUACGAAAAGCGAACUAUACUUGUCAGUUUGCAUCUGACACGUUUAUGUCUGGUAACACGAUUUUGGUUAAUUUACCGUGUUUUUACCAAAUCGACUAUAAGACUAACGUAAAUACAUAUAAGGUAUUUUUAUUACACAUGUAAAAAAUAAACAUGAUUGUUCGAUUUUCAAUUCCGUACGAUUAUAUAAAAGUAUCAUUUUUUCUCUUUGCGCAAACGUGAUAAAUUCUUCCAGAUAUCUUUAUUAUAUUAUCUUUUAUUAUCACAUGUCGAGAUGCAAAAAUAAUUUCGACCAACGAGAAUUAAACGCAUUCUAUUGCAGAAGGCUAUAAUAAUAUAGAACUAUGUUCUUUCUAAAAAGAAGUUAGUAAAUAAUAUCUUUAAAAAUAAUCGACUCUCUUUGUGGGAUUCUCUCUCUUAGAAUUAAGAAAAGUAUUUUUUUAUUUCUAAUGGCGCGCUAAAAGAAAAAAAAAUGAACUCAUUGAGAAAUCUAUCACGAUAUGAGUAGGAGGCUUAUCUUGUGUAAAUUGCAUUAAUGCACAAAUAUCGCGGAAGUACGUAUCAUAGAUCUAAUUUUAAUGAAAAGCGGUCGAGCGUAAAAAUAAAAAAUAGACUGUCUGUUUUAUAUGUGGGCAUUUUACAAUAUACUUUCUAGAAAUAUAUAUACUCUCUUCUCUUGAUCACAAUCAGAUAUCACGCAUUAAGUAAAAGACGAGUUAUUUGAUGGUGCGUAUUGACACACAAUUGAAAUGAGCAAGAAAUUAUCUUAGAGAUAAUGGCCAGUACGGGUGCAGCUUCGCAUAUAUGUAUACACGAAUAGUUGUGACCGUAUUUGUGAUAUAUUGAUCCUCGGUACCGACUAUAGUGAUAUUCUCUCCAUCUCCCUUUCCCUCGGGCUAGCCCUAUGAGCACAUUUUCGUUUGUUCUGCCACGUUUACUUUGCCACCCCUCUUCUAACAACUAGCGUGUUCUCUUACAUAUGUGUUCAUCAUGGAUACAGCACUUCUAGGUGCGCAUAUGGUGUAUUUGGGCAAGCAAGAGAAAGAGAGACAGAGAAAAAUGCAUAAAAUAUGCAAUAUUUCGACGUGCUUUAUAUCGGAAACUGUUUCUGAUUUCACUUAGGUUCAGAUAUUUAGCACAACAACUGACAAAAAAAUGAGACGUAUUUUUGUACGCGAUGAUGCACGAUUAAUUAGAAAUUUAAGUAGUUUUCCCCCAAAAAUUAACAUUCUACCUGAAUAUUGCUAAGAAUUAUAUACUUUGUGUAAAGUGAUUUGAAUAA